AUGAAGGGCUCCAAGCACUCGAGGCAGCAGAGCGACUCGGCCACCACAUCCCGCCGGCGUGAGGCGCAGGUCCGCAACACCCUCGCACAGGCUCAGGCCUACCACCAGCAGCGCAUGCCUACCAAUACCACCACGGCCACGUACUACUCCAUGCCCAGCACCGACCAGGAUGUCUAUGAUGCCUACCAUGCCAGUGCCGCCGUCCUUCCCCAGCAGCAGCAGUACCAGCAGUACCAGCAGCAAGUGGACCAGCAGCAGGACCUACGGCGCAGCGCCAGUACCAGCGGUUGGUCCAUGCCAGAGGAGCCUCAGCAGCAACAAUACCAACAGCAGCAGCAGCAGCAGCAGCAACAACAACAACAGCAGCAGCAGCAGCAACACCAGCAGCAAAAACAAAAGCAGCUGCUGAAGCAGGCCGAGGCCAAGACGCUGCUCGAUGCCAGACACCGCCCCAGCAGUGGCGCGUGGUCCAUCCGCGACGACAAGCAGCUCAUCAUGGCGCGCAGCGAGGGGCUCAACUGGAGCCAGAUCCAGGAGCAGUUCUUCCCGAGCAAGUCGUCCAACGCCUGCCGCAAGCGCCACGAGCGCCUGAUUGACAGCAAGGGCCGCGGCAACGACGAGACGAUGCGCGUGGAGCGCAUCGCCGCCGAGUAUGUCCAGAUGCGCGAGAAGCUCUGGCGGCCGCUGGCCGAGAAGACGGGCGAGAAGUGGUCCUAUGUCGAGAAAACGUGCCUCUCCCACGGCCUCAAGAACCUCCAGGGCGUUGCCCGCGCCGCCACCCGCCGGCAGCGCUUCGACGCCAACGCCAUGGCGGCCGCCGCGGCGGCCGCCGCAGCAGGGUAUGACGAUGACAGCGGCGUUUCCGGCAUUGGCCUGACCCCCGUGGAAGAAGCAGACGCCUCGGCCGCGGCCGCCAUGGCCGCCGCGUACAGUAGCAGCCCCAGCGGCGCCGGCGCGCCCCCGAGCCCGCACGACGUCGCCCAAUCCUUUGCCUCGACGACGACACAGGCGACGGCGUACCUCGCGCACCCGCACCACCUCGCCCAGGCGCACCUGCACCCCGGGGCGUACAGCACGCUCAUGUACGGCGGUGCCGCUGCCGCGCAGUACCACCCGCAGCACGCGUACUCGUCGAGUAUCAGCUCCGAGGGGAGCCUGCAUCCGGGAUACGUCUCGCGACGCGGCAACGAGAGCGCUUGA